AAAAAAAAGAAGAAGUGAUUUUUGGAAUUUUCAAAGGAAGUGUCAACUUAGAAGUGACAAUGGCAGCGUAAACCGAGGAGUCAGACAGUGACGGUAUCCAAAUGGAUAACCCACAGAAUUAUGGAGCUUACAAAACAAAGUACAGCGUGAGAGAGAGUUUUCUUUUGUUUUUGUUCUUGGAGUUCAUCAACCUUAAAGGAGGCUAAUUUCGAAAAAGACCUCGACAUGGUGAUCGACACGUGUCCACCCUCCUCGAUUCUCAAAACCCUCGCGAAACUCCAUAAAUCUUGUCCGUUCCUUGUACUUGAGCUCUUUAAUUUCCUUUCCUUCGCCUCCAUUUCCGCUCUCAUCCUUCCACUCUGCGUUCUGGGUUUUCUCCCUUUCAAAUUAGGAGUUCUUUCUACGUGGGUUCGUGUUUAUUUCGUGCAGAAAUCAGACAAAACUUUUUUUUUCUUUUCUUUUGCGGAUUUGGGUUGUCCCUUUUGUAAGAAGAACCCCCAUGAUCCCAAUGAUCUGAAUAUCCAUUAACAGAGAAACAUAAUUACUUUCACCAUUACUACAUCCUCGCUUGUGGUUCAGCUUCUGAUCUCCCUUUUUUUCAUUUUUCGUCUCUAGUUUGAGGAAGAAACGAGCCCUUUUCAUUUGGGUCUUUUCUGUAUUACAUCGUUGAGGUUUUUUUUUUUUCUUCUGGUAAGUUGCUCCUAUCAGAUGCAACAGGAACUGUAAUUACAGAGUGGGAUUAAGAAGACGCUUCAUCCAGUUUCUGGGGUCUUUUGUGAUUAGUUUUAGAACUGGCUAAGAUGAGCCUGGAUGCAGCGGAGGAUGAAUCAACUUCAGAGAUUCAUAUUCCAGCAGAGAUUGAUUGGGAUAUGCUGGACAAAUCCAAAUUCUUUUUUCUGGGUGCUGCUUUAUUUUCAGGUGUAUCAACCGCCCUUUAUCCAAUUGUUGUUCUGAAAACUCGUCUACAGGUUUCAGCAACCAAGCUAUCAAGCUUUAAAAUGUCAUAUUCCAUCAUGCGCCAUGAAGGUUUAAGAGGGUUUUACAGGGGGUUUGGAACCUCUUUAAUGGGAACCAUCCCAGCUAGAGCCUUCUACAUGGCAGCCCUUGAGGUUACCAAGAGUGGUGUUGGAAGCGCCACGGUUAGAUUAGGUUUUUCAGACACCACAGCCAUGGCUAUAGCUAAUGGAGCUGCAGGGUUGAGCUCAGCCAUGGCUGCCCAAUUGGUGUGGACUCCAAUAGAUGUGGUGAGCCAAAGACUAAUGGUUCAGGGCUGCAAUAUUGGUGCCAAGAACAGUAUCUCUAAUCUUAAUUCUUGUGUCUAUAAAAAUGGUAUUGAUGCUUUCAGAAAGAUUGUUUAUGCUGAUGGAUUGAGAGGACUAUACAGGGGAUUUGGUAUUUCAAUAUUGACAUAUGCUCCAUCAAAUGCAGUUUGGUGGGCUUCUUACUCUGUAGCUCAUAGGCUCAUUUGGAGUGGCCUUGGCUACUACAAAAGUAAGAAGGAUGAGAGUUGUUCUAAUGGUGGCUAUGGCUUUAAAGCACACUCUAAGGCAACAGUGGUAGUGCAGGGGUUGAGCGCAGCCAUGGCCAGUGGGGUUUCUGCUAUCAUAACUAUGCCACUGGAUACCAUCAAGACUAGACUGCAAGUUUUGGAUGGAGAAGAAAACGGGCAAAGACGUCCUCUAACGACGUUGCAGACCAUAAGAAACUUGAUGAAGGAAGGCGGGCUGAAUGCUUGUUACCGGGGGCUUGGGCCGAGGUGGGCUUCGAUGGCCAUGUCGGCCACCACCAUGAUCACAACCUAUGAGUUUCUCAAACGGCUAUCUGCUAAGAACCAAGAUUGUUUGAGCUGAUCGCCUGAGAAGAUGAUGACAGAUAUAGAAAGGAUACUUUUGCAAGUUACAUGAUUGCCAUUUUCUGACCAUAGGCUAUAAUGGCUUGGAUAUUUUCCUAGAGACAGAUAAUGGAGAGAGAGUGAUUCGGUGUUUGAAUUGAAUCUGCUCUUUGUUUUGUUUUUCAGAGGUUUCGUUCGGAUUCUUCAAUUGGAAAGUGUGGAUGACUCCCUGUCUAUAUUAAGCACGAAAAACGAAGAGAGGAUUGAGAAUUUGAAUGUGACAAUAAUCAGGAAAAAAUUGGCAGGCCUACACAUCUMUCAACAGCUUUAGAGGUUUCAUUUGCUUGAGCAGCAUCAGAACUUUCAGGCAAAGCCAUGAUAUGGAGCUUCACACUGUCCAUUCUAUCCAUGGCAGAAACAAGAGUGCUUCUUAUCUCGGAGUGGUCGCAGCAGUGAAUUAGCCCGGUCGAGCUUACGUUUGAUGGGAUUACACUCUUUCCUUCUAAUCGAGAAAUUAACAGGAGAUAGUUGUUUGCCUUUGCUUCUUCCAAGAGGCUGUUCAGUCCACAACGGUCAGCGGCGGAACCUUUUGUCACUGCACUGACACAGAUGAAACCCUGCACAAAAUGGCCAUGUCCUCAAGUUUUGCCUGUAAGAAUUUUUGGAUUUCUUGUCUUGUUUUGAAUUGAACAGUUAAUUACUAAUAGUGCUCGUUUGUGGUUAUGUUUCUUGUUUCUCGUUUACUUUCUCUAUAAGAAAAGUGUUCUUCCGUUACAUUUCUAUGUCAGUUCUUGGUUCGAAAAGGGAAAAAAAAGAAACCCGAAAUAUGAGAUAGGAAAUGGAACUGUUAUGAGAUGGGUCGUCAAUUACCUCUUCGGUUCUUUGGAUAUCCAUUCCGAAUCGAACUUCCCCAGGCACAGGAACCAUUUCGAGUGGAACUUCUGAUAUUCCAGGCAGAAACCAUAGCCUUAUCCCAUAUGGGGAUAUUAAGGAGCGAUGAUGCCGAACCAUACAACAAUCAAGAGGAUGUCACUAUUACCGGAGUUAUGUUAACUAUCUGUUCUGAUUGAAUAUUGACAAAGACAAGAGGUGCUCCUGAAGAAACUGCAGCACAAAACCAGGCCAUACACCGGCUAGUUGUGGCCUCGAUGGAGUGCUCGCCCUCCAGCGGAUUGAACAGAAUGGAGCUUAUGACCGUAGAACGAUGAUCGGGAAGAUGCAGGGCGAGUUUCUUCCUCCACUCAUACUUCACACCUCUUCUGUUGAAUUCCCCACCAUCUGGAUUUGAUAUUCUUCUACUCAUUUCUGCAACAUCAAACUCUGUUGUUAGGUUUCAAUUUCAAAUUUCUGUUUACUUGUCACUUGCGAACAACUAUGGAGGGAAAACCACCCCACCCUGCAAUUCAGAGCACUGGUCCAACGUGAGAUCCCCGAGUACCGCAACAUGUCGAUCAUCGGUUGCAGCUCUAAUGGUGAACUUUUUGUGCAGAAUCGACACCUUCUCUUGGAUGAUACGUGCUCUUAGCUUAAGUGUGGCAUCCCCACGCUUCACCUUCAGCCACACAACCUCAAACUGUUGGUUGAUCUUGCCCAAAUGGGCACUGAGAUCGGACUUGGCCUUUGCCGAAACAAACAGCUCGUCAUCGUCACCUUCUGCAACGCCUUCAAUUACAUCUCCCGGAAGCGGCAUGGUCUCGUCCCAGUCCUCCAUGGCUUCUUGCUUCACCUUUUUGACACAAACGACCGUUUGAAGGCUGCCCAUUGUCGAGAUUUCGAAGAAGGACCGAUUUCACUAACAAGUUUUUGAGGGGCUUAAAUGGAAGCAAAUGGUGGUGGCAUUGGAUCUGAUUAUUUCUUGAAUAUGUUUUCGAACAUCUCAAUGGUGUGGGAUUUUAGGAGUUUACGCCUUGGCGAUUUCAAUUACUUUAUUAGCUCUUGGGAUGUGAUUUAAUUUAGAAUGGGAUUUGGUUUGUAGUUAAUCACAGAUUCCAGCAUACUAAAAUAUGCUUAGUCGACUAAACCAAGGAUCUUCCAUUA